GCUGUGAUUGCCUUAAUUCGAACUAACAUGACCGGUUGAUGAACCUGAUGUUUCAACCGGUUUAAUAAGAAACUGGUUUAAUAAAACAUUUGCAUCACAAUUCUGAGUUUCCUGUCACAAAGUUAUUAAGAUAAUUUUAAUUAAACUGGAAAUUAAAGUACACUGCGAUAAUCGUAUCCUUUGCAUGACCUGCUUCUUGUGCAGCCGGUUCAAGUGCAAAAGCCGACAGGCAGUAACUGCGAUUUCAUACUUGAUACUGCGCUAGCGAACCCCUACCGUAUACUGCUGCGAGUGUAUUGAAUUAUGAUGUAAUGGCAAUAAAUUUCAUAUCUAUCUGGAUGACUUUCACAACCGUCCGGACCUCGCCCGUCAAGAUCCGCUCAUGGAUUGCCAUUAUCUCCCGAAAAUGCUGUACCAAUAUUUCCUUUCCUUAAAGUCGGAUGGGCGAGACGGACCGUGCCUCGUCUUCAUCUAGGGAGCGGACUGCGACCGCAGUGCAACCGUGAAAGGUUAAUUCCACUUCACACAUGCCUCGAAUGGUGACAUACUGGGCGCAUAUGUGGCAAACAGAAGAUGCACCUGUUGGAGAAGAUUUUAUUGGACGUACUGCUAGCGCUACUGAGACCUGCUUCAGACAAAAUACAAGCAUGCACUGUCAGCAAAGGUCCUUCCCAUCGACCCGGACCAAGGACACUUCUAGACGGCAUAGUGGACGACGGAGUUGGCAUCCGGCGAGCCGACAUAAUCCAGCUGCAGUUUCCAAGCAGCCCGGCAGUCAACCCUGCCAGUGUGGCAACGGACUGGCAAAUACGGCGUCCGCGCUUGGGAGCGGAAGUCACAAUGACAUGCGAAAUCCCGGAAAGCGCCGCAAUAAACAUCAUAUCCUGGACACAUCACGGCGUCCUCGUUUUCGAUCAAGGUCGCGCCGUGCCAUUGCGGGCCGGUGGGUCUAACUGGGGCAACUUUAGUUUCUCGCAGAGCAGCAUCGUGGCCUUCUUUCGCAUCACCAACGUAACCAUCCAUUCCAGCGGCGAAGUGGUGUGUUUGUUGUUGAAGGAUCUUGUCCGCGACCAGCACGACACCCUGCGGCGCUACAAAAUUUUGCCACGACUACGCAGCGCUCGUGACCUUUUCGUGGACAAAAUGCAGGACGUGUGGACGAAAGUCGGAGAAAGUGUAAUGUUUAAAUGCAGCGUGUCCAUUUCUUUGCCCAAGUACAUGGUCACAGAUUAUCGCAACAAAUGGAUGUGGCGCCAUAACGGUCGUGUAAUUGCCGCUCCCUGUGAUGAGCCCUACCGGACGUUCCUGGGUCCUUACUGGCGGCAUACGACGUUAAAAAAUGUGACCUCAAGUGGCACUGACGACGAUCCGCAAGAAACGGUUAGCUACAGGAUGUACUUAAAAAAGCUGACGCCAAAUGACGGCGGUCCUGUGGAAUGUUGGUUCCGACUGUACCCGGACCUACAUGAAUGGAUACGGCAGACGGUGAACCUCAAUGUAAUCGGUUCGAACUUGUGAUAAUUAUCAACUGUCUAGUUUGCUACAUUUGAAGCCCACAAUUCAUAUCCUCGCUGGAUCCUGGGCCUGGUACCAGACUAGGGUGAGCCGCUGUUGUAUAACCUCGGCACUUGCUUGUCCAGCUCGCUAUCGGAUAUUAUACCUUUGCAACUCGGAAAAUUGACGUUAUAAAAAUUGCGCUGACAAUUGCCAGUUUCAGAAUCUUGCAAAUGCAGUUGCAUGCUUCCGAGACCAUAGAUAGCCUUGUGUUGGACCCAUUU